GGUGCCGCCGCGCGGUACCUCCCGCGGGGACGCGGCCGCGGCGCUGCCCGGGGCCCCGCAACGUGUUGCGCGCCGCUGCCUCUCGCUCGGCGGCUGCAGCUGUUCCCUUUAAAACCUCAAAGGACCUCCGCGCUCCCGCCAUUCAUUCCGGUCCGCUCCUCCCCGCAGCCCCUCUCGCACGCCGCUCGGCGCGGACGGGCGCUCCCAUGCAGGCGCCAGCCGCCCGCUGCAGCACCGAGCAUCGGCCCCGCGCCCGGAGCGGCCGCGUCGCUGCUGGAGGUGCGGGGACCCUUUUCCGGCAGGAAGGUCCGGCGUGAGUUGAUUUGCGGCUUCCGCCGCUAUUUCCGAGCCGCCGGUUCUGCUCGCCAGCCCCCGGGAGCCGAGAGAGGCGCAGCCGCCAGGCCGGGAGCCGCCCGCAGCGCAGCACCGCAGCGCGCCGCCCGCCCCGGGGAGGCCCGGCGGUGUGAGGCCGCCCGCCGCCGCCGCUUAUGCAACACAUCAUCGAUAACCACCCCGACAUGGCCACCGCGCUGCUGGCGGGCGAGAAGCUGAAGGAGCUCAUCCUGCCGGGCCAGCAGGAUGACAAGGCGGGCGCGCUGGCGGCGCUGCUCCUGCAACUGAAGCUGGAGCUGCCCUUCGACCGCGUGGUCACCAUCGGCACCGUCCUCAUCCCCAUCCUGCUCGUCACCCUCGUCUUCACCAAGAACUUCGCCGAGGAGCCAAUAUACUGUUACACACCACACAACUUCACCCGCGAUCAAGCCUUGUAUGCCAGAGGAUAUUGUUGGACAGAAUUAAAAGAUGCCUUGCCAGGAGUUGAUGCCAGCCACUGGCCCUCCUUGUUUGAGCAUAAGUUCCUACCUUAUGCACUGCUGGCUUUUGCUGGGAUAAUGUACAUUCCAGCUCUGGGCUGGGAAUUUCUGGCCUCCACCCGACUGACUUCAGAGCUUAAUUUUUUGCUCCAGGAGAUCGAUAAUUGCUACCACCGUGCAGCUGAAGGACGGGCACCAAAAAUAGAGAAACAGAUCCAGUCCAAAGGCCCGGGGAUCACAGAGAGAGAGAAAAGAGAAAUCAUUGAGAACGCAGAGAAGGAAAAAAGCCCUGAACAGAACUUGUUUGAGAAAUACCUGGAAAGAAGAGGACGAAGUAACUUCUUAGCUAAGCUUUAUCUCGCGAGACAUUUGUUCAUCAUCUUUUUAAGCAUCAUACCAAUCACAUACUUAUCCACAUACUAUGCUACACAGAAGCAAAAUGAAUUUACAUGUGCUCUAGGAGAGCCUCCGGACAAGACGAGCAGCUCCAAAUUGCACAUCAGAGUGAACUGUAAGCUGCCAUCUGUCCAGCUCCAGAGGAUUAUUGCAGGCGUAGAUAUCUUUCUCCUCUGCUUUAUGAACUUGAUCAUCCUUAUCAACUUAAUUCACCUCUUCAUAUUUCGCAAGUCCAACUUCAUAUUUGAUAAACUGAACAAAGUUGGAAUAAAGACCAAGAAACAGUGGCAGAAGUCCCAGUUUUGUGACAUCAAUAUUUUGGCCAUGUUUUGCAAUGAGAAUCGGGACCACAUAAAAUCACUGAACCGUCUGGAUUUUAUUACGAACGAAAGUGAUCUGAUGUAUGACAACGUGGUGCGCCAACUGCUGGCGGCACUGGCCCAGUCUAAUCACGAUGCCACCCCAACCAUGCGUGAUUCAGGGAUCCAGACAAUAGACCCAAGCGUUGACCCAGCAGACAUCGAUGGCAACGAGCAGCUUAUCAUUAAGAGACCAAGGAAGAAGAUGAAAUGGAUCCCAACUACCAAUCCACUUCCUCAGCCUUUCAAGGAGCAGUUAGCCAUUAUGAAGGUCGAAAAUCAUAAACCUGAAAAGCCUAAGCCUGUGCGGAGAAAAACGGCGACAGAUAGCCUUAUUGCUCCCUUGUUAGAAUCUGCUGCAAAAACCUCACAGCAAUCAUCAGCUCAUAAAACUGAGUCAAACGCUGUCCCGAGCACAGGCAGUGAAAAGAAACACACACGGCACUUUUCCUUGGAUGUACAUCCAUAUAUACUCAGUAGUAAAAAAAACCAAGCCAGGAUUCCCGCCAUCCCCUCGAUGCCUACAUCAAAAAGCCAAGAAGGUGGAUUUCUAAACCAGGAAGAGAAUGUCAUAGUACACGUUACCUCCUCUCUCAAAGACACCCCUCAUCCUGCAAAAGAGAUGCUGUACUCAUCUGAGACGUGCAGAACUGUGCCUGCUGCUGGGGCUUUUGUUACAUGCAACCACAACCAUAUAGCCACGACCGCUACGACAAGUAUGACUUUGAACCCAGCCAAAGCAGAACCAGCCCCGGCGCUGAACUGCAACCCCACCCACCCUCUGCUGCACAUCAACACGCUGUACGAGGAUCACGAGGAGGAAGUUUCAAACAUAAUCGACAAUGGGAUUCACUCCCCGACUGACACAGGGGAAAUCCUCUCCAUCCCCACCCCUAAGCAGAUACGGCUGGCAACGUUUGAUGAACCGAUGGCAAUCGUGAGCUCGGUGGAGUACUGAAGCCCCAUGGCUGCUCUCUGGUGGCCAAGCCCAAGGCAGUGCAGUGAGAAGCGUCGUUCCCUUCAACACUGCACUUCACUGCAUGAGCAUGGAGAGCUCUCAUACAAACUAUAGCUCUUGGUAAUAACACCAAACCGUUUUUCAGGAUCACGUCAUGAGCACUGUCAUUUACAACAUAGAAUAAGUAAAACCUGGUGGAAAUAGACCUCUAACACCAAGAAAACCAUUAGCUCUAGCUCUGAACUAUAGCUUCCUGAUUGAAUUGGUUUUAGCACAACUUAUGAACAUCAGGAGUCUGAUGGCAUGCCACAGUAAUUUUAGUGAGUAUUUAAACCGUUUGCAUUCAGAAUCACUGAUGAAAGUUAAAAAGACGUGGAGGUGAGGUAUGCUUUUUUAAUGGCAGUUGUUAAAUAAGAGUGGGUUUUGUUUUUUUUCUAAGCAGAGAGUGGGUUUUUUUUUUCAAUUCAGGAUUACAAAAAAGUUAUAUGCAAUUUUUGUUUGUUUGUUUCUUUAGCUCACUGACGUUGGGCUCGGUGGAGACUUAGCUGAAAGGGCCUUACUACCACCAGCAGCAUUUAAGUGCAAAAGGAAUGGAUACAUUCAACCUCUUGCAUUUAUAAAUGAAAAUACCUGAGGUAUGCCCCGCCCUUUAACCAGCUUUUGUGUGUGAUGGAAGAUGCUGAAAUGAAGAGUUUAUUUUUUUAAAUAUAUUUUACCAUGGGAAAAAAAUUACUUUAAUAACUUUUCAAACCAAGCGUUCGUUGCUUUUAACAAAAUGUGUAGAAGAGAGUCAUUGUAGCUGCUUAUUUUUUCAUAGUGUAUUUAUGAACCAGGUUAGAAACUCCUAUGGGUGCUUCACUGAUGAAAAAUCUUUCAGAGGUUGUUACAAAAUAUCUUACAAAAUAUGAAACCAGCAAAAUCGUAUUCAAAUAACAGGAUUAAGGAAGCCUAUGAAUUUAGGUGUCCAAGCUUGGCUAGUUCUUGAUUCAGCAAACACUUAAGGCUAUGGAUGUCACUGAAAUGACCCAUAUGUUCUUUCUAAAGCUAAGCACAUACUGAAGUGGCUUUGCUGGAUCUGGACUCUAGUGCAAGCAGACAACGAUCCUGCGGUAUGUGCUAUCAUUCUGAUUCAAUAUUUGCCUUCCUUGGCUCAAAGCACAUCUUCAUCCCCAUCUUCCUAUAACUUUGAUAUGUGUGAUUUAAUAGAAAAUUCUAGUAUAACUAAAACAUCUAUUAAAAAUGUAUCAUGCAAUAACCAUUCCCAGCAAAAUGAUAGUGAAACAAAAAGUGACUGUGUCGAAAUAAUAUUACUACCAGAAUUAUGGACUAUGUGUGUUUGCAUCAAAUUAUGUAUAAUGAAUGGUAGAAGAAAUAUGCAGCACAAAUACAGGAUUGAAAUCUUGAAUUUAUUUUUAAUUUAUUACCUCAGACAUGGAUAUAUGAUACCAGUAUUUAAUGAAAAUAGCACUGAAAAUAAAUACAUAUUAUUCUGAAUA